CUCGAGCAGAGGCAAUGGCGGGCGGAGACCCAGGUUACGGAGCCUUCAUGGAGAGGUUCGUGCUGCGGCCAUCCUCCUCUUCGCAGCAGCUCCCCCUGCACGGCCUCACCUUCGCCAUCAAGGACAUCUUCGACGUCGCCGGCCGCGUCACCGGCUUCGGCAACCCCGACUGGAAGCGGACCCACGCGCCCGCCGCCGCCACCUCCCCCGUCGUCCUCGCCGCGCUCGCCGCCGGCGCCACCAGCCUCGGCACCACCGUCAUGGACGAGAUGGCCUACAGCAUCAAUGGGGAGAACGCGCACUACGGCACGCCGACCAACCCGUGCGCGCCCGGCCGGGUCCCCGGCGGCUCCUCCAGCGGGUCAGCCGUGGCCGUGGCCGCAAACCUCGUCGACUUCUCCCUCGGCACCGACACCGGCGGCAGCGUCAGGGUGCCUGCUGCCUACUGCGGCAUCUUCGGCCUCCGCACUUCCCAUGGCCUGGUUUCCGCUGAAAACGUCGUCCCCAUGGCACAGAUGUUUGAUACUGUUGGGUGGUUUGCCAGAGAUCUAUCUAUGUUGUCCCGUGUGACCAAAGUGCUGUUGCCACUUUCUGAUGAAGCUGUCAAGCAACCUACCAAAGUCACAAUUCCUAUGGACUGUUUCCAGAUCUUAGGCUCUCUCGACGACUGCACCUAUCAGAUCAUGAAUGCUUCCGUAGCGAAGAGAUUUGGUAGUCAGGCAAUAGACAACAGGAACCUUGGAGAUUUCAUCUCUGACAAUGUACCAAGCAUUGGAAAGUUCAUUGCCGGCUUCUCUGAAAGUGAACUACCUUCUGUGCCAGCUCUAUCUGUCGUUUCACAUGUCAUGCGAGGCCUUCAAAGGUCUCAGUUCAAAGCAAACCAUGCAGAGUGGGUUAACUCUGUCAAACCUAACCUAGGCCCUGGAUUACGACAGCGAAUACAAGAGGCCAUUGCAUCAGGGGAUAGUGAACCCCUAGAAGAUUUCCAAGCUAUAAGGGCUGAAUUCAAGUCUGCACUUGCUGAGCUUCUCAAGGAUCAUGGAAUCCUUGCAAUCCCUACGGUUCCUGGCCCUCCACCAAAGUUGGGCAUGGAAGCUGCUCCUCUGGAAAACUUCCGAGCAAGAGCUUUCUCCCUUCUCUCGAUCGCUGGACUAUCCGGGUUUUGCCAGGUGAGUAUUCCACUGGGUACACGAAAUGGUGUUCCUGUGUCGGUUUCACUCGUGGCACAACAUGGCUUGGAUCAUUUCCUCCUCAAUUUGGCUGGGCAGUUGUAUGAGACACUCUUAGACGAAGCGACCAAAGCUUGGGCCUCCUGAAUCCUUGACUGAUACCAAAUAGACAGCCUAUAGCAUAUUUCAUAUGGAAAUGAAGUGAUACUGAUACCUCAGUAGACUGCUCAUCCAAUGAAAAAUUGCAUAUGCAUGGAUGGAUUAUUGCAUUGCACAGAAUAAAGCUUGUGUUUUACCAAUAAGGUUGAUUUUUCCUUUUGCUGAUCUUUUCUCAAAUGUUUCCAUGUGCUUGGUUCCUCAAUAUAUUGAGAGCAUUCGGUGAUAAUUUAUAUGAAAGGUUGUGUCUUGUUGGUAAAUUGGUAUCAUACUAUCAUCUAAUAUGGCUGCGGUCAGCACUUCUUAUGACCAUUUUU